AUGCGGACUCCUCUGACGGACGCUUCAGCAAGAGUAAACAAGUGCCUUGCCCCGAUUACAGAGCGAGAGGAGCCACUGAGACAACCACAGCAACAGAUGACAUCGCCGGUGCCGAUGUCCAUUGUGACAAGUCCUCUGUCUGCAAAAAAUGCCGAUAUCAAUUGCAGCACCCCGGCUCCUGACUCUCAGCCAGGAACGAACCGCAAUUCUACAAUAUCAGCGGCGUCAAUAAUCUCCAACCAAGGAAAGAGGAAGACACACGUGGGACCAUGGCAACUUGGAAAGACCCUCGGCACUGGGGUCAGCGGCCGCGUGAGACUGGCGAAGCAUUCGGUAACGGGGCAAUUGGCUGCAAUCAAGAUCGUAUCAAAGAAAUCCGCCGCCAUAACGCAGAGCGCGAGUAUUGCAGGAAUGGAUAAGAGGGCUAAUCGCAUGGGAGGAAUAGGGCCACGGCAGAUUCCAUCCGGGCUGGAGCGCGAGGUUGUCAUCAUGAAGCUGAUCGAACACCCGAACGUGAUCAAUCUUUAUGAU